AUGUCGAGGGCUUCUCUCCGGAGCCAACAGAUGAGCAUCACCCUCGUGGAAGGGUUUGGCCCCACUCAUGCUUGGGGUUGCGCACACACCAACCGUUCAUCCUCGCCUGCGCGCUACAGAAUGCUUGAGGUGGCUCCGGCUUCCAGUCCACUGGCCACUAACAUUGCCAUUUUACCCUCUGGAGAGCUUCAUCGACCUUUAUUGGUCGACGGCAUUUUGUCGCAGGAAGAACCCGCGAAUCGCUUGCUUUGA